AGCAGUACCGGGAAUGGCUCUGGGGGAGGGAGUUGAGUCUGGAACUGGAGUCCAGAGGCGGGAGCAGAUCCUAACCUGAUCCUUUCUGGGUCAUUGUGCCUAGGUCACUCUCCCAUGACCUAUGUUUGGAGCGUACUCAUGUGCUGUACAUUCACGUGACAUAAAACUAGUUUUCUGAGAACACAGCCACUAUGUCUACUCAGCGACUGCGGAAUGAAGACUACAAUGACUAUAGUUCUACAGAGGUGAGCCCCACUGAGACCCCUUCCAAUGGGCUAGACAACUUCUCCAACUCAAGCUCCUACCAACGAUUUGGGGAAGUCAAUGGAACAACACGGCUCCAAACCUUGAUCCACCUACUGAAAGGGAAUAUCGGCACAGGUCUCCUGGGGCUGCCUCUGGCAGUGAAGAAUGCAGGCAUCUUGCUGGGCCCUCUUAGUCUGAUUGUGAUGGGCAUUGUGGCUACACACUGUAUGGGCAUCCUGGUGAAGUGUGCUCAUCACUUUUGUCGUAGGCUACAUAAACCCUUUCUGGACUAUGGAGAUACAGUGAUGUACGGGUUGGAAGCUAGUCCCAGCUCUUGGCUUCGAACUCAUUCCCUAUGGGGAAGGCGUAUUGUGAGCUUCUUCCUGGUUGUCACUCAGCUGGGCUUUUGCUCUGUAUAUUUUGUAUUUAUGGCUGACAACUUUAAACAGGUGGUAGAAGCAGCCAAUGGGACAACCAACAACUGCCAUAACAAUGAAACAGUGUUGCCGAUACCUACCAUGGACUCCCGACUCUACAUGCUCACCUUCCUGCCCUUCGUGGUGCUACUGGUUUUCAUCCGAAACCUCAAAGCCCUAACCCUCAUCUCAGUGUUGGCCAACAUCACCAUGCUGGCCAGCCUUAUCAUGAUCUAUCAGCACAUUGUCCAGGGAAUCCCAGACCCCAGAAACUUGCCAUUGGCAGCAAAUUGGAAGACCUAUCCUCUGUUCUUUGGUACAGCCAUAUUUGCCUUUGAAGGCAUUGGAGUGGUGCUUCCCCUGGAAAAUAAAAUGAAGGAUCCCCGGCAUUUUCCAGGCAUCUUGUAUCUGGGGAUGACUAUCAUUACCCUUCUCUACAUCACCCUGGGGUCCCUGGGCUACCUGCAGUAUGGAGCAGCUAUACAAGGCAGCAUAACCCUCAAUCUGCCCAAUUGCUGGCUGUACCAGUCUGUCAAGCUGCUUUAUUCCAUUGGAAUCUUUUUCACCUAUUCCCUGCAGUUCUAUGUCCCUGCAGAAAUCAUCAACCCCUUUUUCGUCUCCCGUGUGACUGAGCGUUGGGCGUUGGUGGUUGACUUGUCUGUCCGCAUAGUCAUGGCCUCUCUAACAUGUGCCUUGGCCAUUUUGAUCCCGCGGUUAGACCUUGUCAUCUCCUUGGUGGGCUCUGUGAGCAGCAGUGCACUGGCUCUGAUCAUCCCUCCACUCCUGGACAUCACUACGUAUUACUCAGAAGGCAUGAGCCCCAUCAUCAUUACUAAAGACAUCUUGAUCAGCCUCUUUGGCUUUGUUGGGUUCGUGGUGGGCACCUACCAAGCAAUCUAUGAGCUGAUACAGCCAAAUGUAUCUCCCACCUUUUCCAAUGUUACUAGUGCCUUUGUUCAAUGACCUGUGGAGUACGUUCUCUACAUCAAGAUCUCCCUAUCAUAUGUCUGUCACCAGGGUCCCGGGUGAGGCCUGGGAUUGAGCAGGCUGGGUAGGGGGAAUGGUCUUCCCUGUCGAUCGGGGACUAGUAAAUAGGCAGGCCAGUGGAACAGGUUAGACUAAAGACAAUCCCAAUAGUGAUGGUACUUCCUCUGUACUUGAUUAACCCAACACUUUCCCACCUCUUCCCUCCCCUCCUACUUUUUGUGGCUUUGAUCAUAGUGCAGCACAGCUCUCUUCAUUUUUUCAGUGCUUUACCUGGAUAGUUUCCUGACCUCUAGGCUAAGCUUCCACAAAACAAGAUCAUGGUCAGUCUGUGUGACUAGUACCCCUACUCUUUUACCUCUGAUUUUCUUGCCUUUUAGACUCUUCAAGGGGACUUGCGCCUUAAAUUGGUUUCAGCAGAGGAAUUCAGGUGACAGAAUUGAUCCUGGCUUGAUCCAGGUUAUUUUCUAAAGCACCUUAGCCAGCAUCUUCCCCUCAGAAACUAUGACAUCAGGGUGACAAAUGUGAGCACAUUCCUCAUCACUUAGCACUUUGAACAUGUUAAGUAUUACCUAAGUUCAGAACAUUUCUAUUUUCUUUUGAGUUAGGUUUUGGCUCCUGAAAUCCCUCUGAGUCUAUCUACAGUAGCUGGGGUCAUCAAAGCCACCUUCUUCUCAUGUAACCUUACCCUUGUUCCCACUAUGAGGAACGUGACUUGAUUUAAACUAAUGAUUCUCAGCAUUUAUUGCACAUUUGGCAUAAAGAUGGGGAAAACAGUCUACUGCUCUUGUGAUCAUCUUCUAAGAGAAGAUUAAUGCACUUGGGACAAGACUUGAGGCCAGCAUGAGACUAAAAGACAAUGGGUUUGAAAAUGAUUCACUAGAAGUAAGCCAGGUUCCCCAUUCUCUAUGAGAAUGAAUUGAAAGGUACAACAGUGUCCUUGUUGAUAUCAUGUAUAGUGAAAUUAGCAGCAUGUGUCCCUGCCUCAUUUUCCUCCCUGGCUGGGGGAUAUGCGUCCCGUUGACAUAAUGAGAAGUCAGAGUCAACAAACCUACUCCUUGAGGUUGUAUAGAAACAAAACAAUUGAGGAAUUUCUACGAUGUAAGAUGAAGUUGUAUAUGGCAAUUGAUAGUUUAAGGAUUAAGUCAUAGAGCUCUGGGAAGUAUAAUCUUCAUUAGCUUCACAGCACUCUCCUGACACACAUAUUUCAUGUCGCCUAUUAAGGGGCAUGCUUACUUGGGACACUGGUAACACUAUUAUGAGGAUGUCUGUAUCAUUUUCUCCCUAUGAAGUUUCAUUAUAUGCUAGGGACAUUAGUUGUUAUGGAUCUGAAGCCACGUUGGACCACGUCCCAAGCCCUGAACUUGAGAAGGAGCUGAACUAUUGUAUAUUAGAUGAAUUUCACUCAUCUAACUUUAAUGUCUCCUCGCCCUUCUAGAUCAGUGAUUCAGAAGUGAUUCAAAAGGGCAUUAACAAAUUCUUCAGCUGUAUGUGUUGACCAGAGGGUUCCAGAAAAGGUCUGUCUGGUGCUUCUCACACCUCUCUAUUCCCUCACUAAGUGCUUUGUGGCCCUGGAAAUUCAGGUGCCUUGAAGAGUAAGGGAAGUCCAUCUCUUUAUCUUUGCUUUGCCUUUUUAACUUCAAGGAGGGCUCUGGUUUCUAUGUGAGCACUCGGUGCUUAGGUCAAUGCAGUGACCAAGGAGAAAGGCAUCAGGAGUGACCACCCUGUGCAUCUGGAAUCUGCAGGUUGUUUGGAGUUCCACUUCCCUUCUUGUUUCAAAGCUAAAUACAGCUGAAUACCAGAUGAAGGAGCUGAAAAAGGGUUUUGUUUGUUAUAAUGUACAAUGAUGCAUAAGAGAUGCCUAAAAACUCUAGCAUAUAACCAUUUAUAACUUGAUUCCUGUUGACGGGAAUUUUGUUUUCCAUCCCAAACUGUUCUGCUGUUAGGGAUAGUCAAGGAGCUUGAAAAAUUAAUACAAACUGGAAUGGACAAGGAGCUGCCUCUGGUUCAUCUGCUCUUAAAUUUCUGAAGGAAAUUUAAUGGGACUUUUUCCCCUUCUGCUGUCCAAGCUGCUAGAAUUUAUGUAGCCAUCCAUAUGUUAGCCUAGUGGUCUAUCCAGAAUAGUCCUCAGUUCCUCUGAACUCUAUGGUACACUUUCUGCAUCAGUGCUCUGUCUGACUAGGCUGUACCCCCAGGGCCUAGAACUCUGUGACGGAGACCCCAAACCUCCUAGCUAUGGGGCAAAGGGCAGGUCAUAAUACCAGCUUUUGGCUUAGAGAUCUCUUAAGGGACCAGUGCCUCAACUUUGUACUUUGUAAAAGUUGGCGUAGAAGCUCUGUUCUCUGAAGGGUCCUGAGUAGGCAUCUCAUGUCUCAUGGGAUCACCUUGCUGAGGCUGCAGAAGUUUUCUGUGACCUUCUCUAACAAGAGCCCUGCCUGUGCUUGGCUUUCCUGAGAAAUAGUUCCAUGAGUUCUCUCAGCUAGAAGACAUAAGGCCUAAAGGCAAGAGGAACUUUUUUUACCCCUUUGUCCUCUGAGUAGAGAACCAGAGCCCCGAAGACCCUCUAGGGAGUGGCUCUCCACCCACCUCCAUAAUGUUCCUAUCACUUCUUCCUCCCUUUGGCAUCUCCUUGUUUGAAAAUAUUCCAGGGUUUUAACUUCAAGGAACUCAGUUUCUGCCUAUUCCCUAGACUGCCUAAGUUGGGCUGAUCUUAGCCAAGGGUACACUGAUGUAUGUUGGGUUUCAUCAUGUGACACUAGAAUUAGAAGCUUGGGUUUCCUAAUCUCACAGAACAAAAGUACACUCCUACUGAUCUGGGUAGCGGGCACAGGCAAAUUCCUAAAUCUACUGGGAGCAGGUCUAUCCUAGUAUGCUGAAUUCAGGCCCCCAAUCCCUAGUAACAUUUCUCUGCACAAGGGCAUUAUUUUUAUUUAGCACCAUCCAGCUGUUGAGCUGGUAAGCACUGCUUUAUACGCACAAACCCUGAGCAGAAAUGGUUUUAUUUAUGUUAGACUAGACCAGCAUUGGCCAAAUAUUAGCAUGUGUGCUAAGGCGGCACAUUGGGGGAGCUGCUCCAUUCCCCCUAUUCCCAGCAUCCAAGGACAUUUUUUGCAUACCCUGCCCCUUUGUCCAGCUGCCCAAAGUAAGCACUUCCUUCCUUUGCUCUCUGAGGUAAUGGGGGGAGGAGGCAGGGGAGGAGGGCUCACAGACAGCUUGAAGUUGCAGUUUGGCCACAUGAACUUGAAAACCUUUGCCAAUGCUAGCCUAGACCCUGUAGUCUAUAGCCUCCCAUUCUGUGAUCUAACUUCCCUACCCUAGUUAGUAAUGGAUAUGCUUAGUCCCCAAAUCCCAUCCUUUAAAACUCUAUAUGAUCUUCCCCAUCAGAAAACCUUCUAGUUUCGUGAAACUCUUAAGGUAGUAAAACUGGGCUGGUAGAUUGAGAGAAACCUCUUUCCUCUUUCUCCCACUCCUCCAGACACCGGUUAGGUAGAAGAAUGCCUUCUUUAUAUAACACUAUGUGCUCAUACUUUCUUCAAGUAUAGCAGUUAAAUCUCAAACUCAUUGUUUACAGCUUUUUUUUUCUUAUUCAUUACUGUAAAUAAAUUGGUCUCAAUGUCUAGUCUGUAUAAUAAGGUAGUAGAGGGUCAGCGUUUGGUGUUGCUUCCUGGGCAGAACAUUAUGCUACUCACUCUACAAAGAGUCACACAUUUGCCACUUUCUCUCAAGAGAGCUAGCUGUAAAGUAAAAGUGGUCUGAUUUGAUGACAACCAAAUUUCCACACAUAUGAAUUUUGCAGGAAGGAUCUAAUGACUGUUACAAGCACAAAGAAAAACAUUUCAGACUGUUGUGCUGGCAGAGGGAGAGAAGGGAGUAGGAAGGGUGUUUUGCCUUUGAAUCCUUGGGCAGAAAGGUGUAGGCAGUUUAUCUCUUGCUCCAAAGUGGUCUAAUAGCUUUGGUUUUUCUAAAUCAUGGUGCCGUCAAAGUCCCUUAUUGGAUUUGUACCGGGCUUGGGACUAGGAUAAGAGUCAGGGAGCACAGUCAGAAAUAAUUGGGUUUUGUUAACAUCAAGAAGAGAGGCUGGGGAAGGAAAUAUCAGAGGAUUAAAUCUGAUGUCUGACAAUGACUGAACUGAAAAAUCAAUCAUGUUUAUCACUGUCCAACCUAAACCAAUGGAAAAUCACCAUAUGGCAGAUUGCAGUAGCCAGGACACCACUGAACAAUGCACCACCAGGAGCUAAUGAUCUUGUGAAUGUUUUGUGCCUUGUAUGUUUAUGAAUAAGUACAGAUGUGUCUCACGUGGGAGCUUGUGGGAGAUCUUGUGUUUAAACUUGAUUCUGCAAUUUAUUGUUUUUCCUUUCAAUAAAUGAGAUAUUUUUUUUAAGUUU